AUGCCGCAGCAUACACUGCUCACCCAAUACCUGGGCGCAGUCAUUUCAUGGCUUGGCUUCAUCGCCGUCAUCUUCUUCUACGCCCACAGACCGCCUUUUCUGUCAAAUUUUCCCAUCGAAAAGUUCACGGCCGCAAAUUCAACGCUUGGCUUUGGAGCCAUCGCAGCAGUCUCACGAGCCGCAUCCUCGAGACGAGAAGGCCUCAUCUUCGCCGCAAAUAUCACGCGCGUCCAUCUCACCAUUCCAGAACAGCCAAUCUGGACAGAAGAAGAUGUCGCUGGCCUUCAUGCCAAGUAUGGCAGCACCAUGACCCACGGCAGUUCACUGGCCUGGCUUGGUCACCUGCACGCUUUGAAGUGGUUCCUAUCCACCGACCUCCAAUCAAUCCUCAUCCUGGAAGACGAUGUUGAUUGGGACAUCCGCCUGCGCUCCAUUCAAAUACCAGCAGCAGCAGCCGCCGUCCGUCUGCUCGCAAAUCCACACCACUCCUCAGAAACCGACUUCUGGGGUCCUCUGGCCUCAUGGGACUUACUCUACCUAGGCCACUGCGGCGACUUCUUCCCAAGCCAACGCUGGAAAGGCAUCCCGCAUCUCACAUUCCCAGACUCCACCUUGCCCGUCCCGGAGAAUCUCCAUCCAUACACACAGAAGUUUCUCUCGUCCAUAGACAUCCCCGCACAAAACCGCUUAGUCCACCAAACCACCUUCCCGCUCUGCACAUUCGGCUACGCAGUCACACGAGCCUCGGCGAAGCGACUUGUGCACGAGCUCGCGAAUCGAGAACCGGAUGGAGGCUGCCUAGCCUACGAUAUCCGAAUCCAUGAGAUCUGCCGCGACAACCCGGACUUCAAAUGCCUCACUGUGAACCCGGAACUGAUGCAUCAUGUCGAUGCUGAGAGCGAGAUCGGGAACGUUGAUCAAGGUCGGGAGCACGGGCAGCAAGGUAUCGAAAACACGACGAGGAGACACACGCCCAAUAUCGCCUGUGGAGCGAGAAGCCCGGCGUUGUAUACCGAUGACCCGGAUGUGCUGAAUUAUCUUGCAUCCCAUGCGAUUGGCGAUGCGAAGACUUGUCUACCGGAAGAUAUGGAGGCGGUAGAGAGGGAGAUGAGGAUGCGGUACCCAUAUGCAUGA